UUUGGUUAAUUAUUGUGCUUAGAAGACAAGAUUUUGAGUAUUUGGGAGGUUUUUCUUUGUAUUUUUUGUUUUCUUGAAAUAUAUAACUUCAGAUUCUUCUCAAUAAAGCUGUAUGUUUGAUUGAGCAAAUUCCAAAAUCCUUCUUUUAAAUUCGACCCAGCAAAUUGAAUUCCUCUGUAUCGGCCAAAUUUUGAGUUUGCUCGAUUAUUUAAUGCAAGACAGGGACAAUUUAGGAAAAGGAGAUAGAUUUACAUCCUCUGGUUCAAGUGAUGCCAGAGAUCAGAGAGUACAAUGGCAAACCACUGUCUUAUGUAACCGGCGGCGAAGAGGAAGAGCUAGGCUGCAAGCUCUUCAAGAAGUACGAGCUGGGAAAGCUCCUGGGUUAUGGCGCCUUCGCCAAGGUGUACCACGCGCGGGACUUACGCACUGGCGAGAGCGUGGCCAUUAAGGUAAUGAGCAAGCAGAGGAUCCUCAAAAAGAACCUCACCGCACACAUUAAGAGGGAGAUUUCUAUAUUGCGCCAGCUGCGCCACCCCCAUAUCGUGCGCCUCCAUGAGGUCAUGGCCACCAAGACCAAAAUCUACUUCGUCCUAGAAUUCGCCAAGGGCGGUGAAUUGUUCGGGAAAAUCGCGAAAGGCCGAUUCAGCGAGAACCUCAGCCGCAAAUAUUUCCAGCAGUUAAUAUCAGCCGUGGAGUACUGCCACUCCCGCGGCGUUUUUCACCGCGAUUUGAAGCCGGAAAACCUAUUACUUGACGAUGACUGGGAACUCAAAAUCACGGAUUUCGGACUAUCCGCUGUAUCGGAACAGAUCCAACCCGACGGCCUCCUCCACACACUCUGCGGAACCCCCGCCUACGUGGCGCCGGAAAUACUCGCAAAGAAGGGCUACGACGGCGCAAAAGUCGACAUCUGGUCAUGCGGAAUCAUACUGUAUGUAUUAAAUGCGGGUUACUUGCCAUUCAACGACCCGAAUUUGAUGGUGAUGUAUAGGAAAAUCUGCAAAGGACAAUUCCGGUGCCCCAAAUGGACAUCUCCGGAGCUAAAGCGGUUCUUAACCCGUAUCCUGGACCCGAACCCGAACACCCGCAUUACCAUUCAAGAAAUGAUCAAUGACCCGUGGUUCAGAAACGGGUACGAGGAGAUUAAAUACCCAACCGACAAUGAAUUUGAAUUCAAGAAUUCCAGCGAAGGGGAGGAGAAGGGUUUUCUGAAUGCCUUUGAUAUAAUCUCAUUUUCUUCCCGUCUCGAUCUGUCCAGUUUGUUCAGUAACAAAGGGAAUCGAAUUGAUGGUGAAACGUUUAUCUCAAAAGAGCCACCCGAGAGAAUAAUUGAGAAAAUUGAGGCGGUGGCGAAAGAGGAAGAACUGGUAGUGGCAAAGAAGGGAUUAGGCGUGAGACUGCAGGGGCAAAAUGGGAAUUUUAUGGUGGUUGUUGAGAUUAACCGGUUAACGGAAGAGCUGGUGGUGGUGGAGAUGAAAAGCCGUGGAUUUGGACGUGAUAUAUGGAUAAAGAAAUUCAAGCCACUACUCAAUUCUUCACCGGGACACGUAGCCGGUGACUGAAAAGUGAUUGCAAUUUCACGUGGGAACAAAGGACAGCAAUUGUGCCAUAUUUUUAAACAAUUGACCGCUUUUUUGUAGUGUUACAUUUUAUCUUUGUCCGUUGUUAAGAAAAUCGUACAUGGUACAAUUAUAACUUUAUAAGAAUCUCUGACAAAGAUUAGGGAAACAAUUUUCCCGUCAAAAAACUAUUUGCCCGGUUUGUUUUUCA